AGCCUAGAUCUAUGUUAGAAACAUCUCUCCUCCCAGAAUAAUCCAGAGCUUUAAUUCUGUUUACUCAAGAGUCAGGGUUCAGUCUGGGAGGAUACAUUAUCUAAGGAGUACAUCAUGCAGGGGAUUUCUUGAGAAGAAAGCUCUCAGUGAGUUUCCAAUUGGUGGCUGGUCUCAGCUGGAAAUUUAAUGCCUCUGGAAAGGACCUGCAAAAGGACAGAUGGGAGAUCAUAUGGACCACUAGACAUAAGAAGUUAAUUUGGGGUUCAGCCUCCGUAUAUCACUUCCUGAAGAAAAGAAAGUUCAGAAAAACAAGAGUGCAAGUGGGAGAGCUUCUUCAGGUAGGAGAAAGGGUGCUUUCAGGAUGGAUAAUUGGAAACCGUUUUUAAUUCUUAUUGGUUUGACCACUCUGUGCUCCACUGAUGACCAAAUUACUGUGUGCCAAAAAGCUACUGUGGCUGACAUUGUCUUUUUGGUGGACAGUUCAACCAGCAUUGGUCUGGAGAAUUUUGAGAAGGUGAAAGAUUUCCUCUACACUCUGAUUUCCAGCUUUUAUAUAGGCCAUGACCAGAUUAGAAUUGGGCUGGCCCAAUAUAGUGAUAUCAUCUUUCCUGAGUUUAUGCUAAACAAAUACUCUUCAAAAGAUAUCAUUUUGGAACACAUAAAGCAUUUGACUUUCCGAGGAGGAAGCUCUUACACAGGGGCUGCUUUGGAUUUUAUCACCACAGACUAUUUUAUUGAAAGUGCUGGGAGCAGAGCUCAGAAGAACAUUCCUCAAAUGGUCAUUCUGUUCACAGAUGGAGGAGCUACUGAUGAAGUCAAGCUUCCAGCUAGCAAACUAAGGGCAAAGGGGAUCUCAAUUUAUGUGGUGGGAGUUGAUAUCCAGAACACUACUGAGCUCAAGGAAAUGGCCAGCAAGCCGUUUAAUAAGUUUCUGUUUACUAUUGACAAUUUUGAUCUUCUACAGGAUCUUACUAGUAGUCUUCUCCAAACAGUUUGUUUUGAUGUGAAAAGCCAGAUUGAAGUAUUUACAAAGCACUAUGCUGAUGUCAUUUUCCUCUUGGACUCGUCUGAUUCAAUGGGAUCCUUCAACUUCAAAAAGGCAAAAGAAUUUGUUGCCAAAAAUGUUGAACAACUAGAUAUUGGAGCUGAUAAGUACCGGGUUGGCCUUGCACAAUACAGUGGAGAAGGAAGAAUAGAAUUUUUUCUGAAUACAUAUGAGAGGAAAGAAGACAUUCUGAACCACAUUCAGAGCAGCACUGAAUUUAUGGGCGGCAAUGUGUGGACUGGAGCAGCCCUGCGCUUUCUGCGUGAAGUCUAUUUUACUGAGGAAGCAGGAAGCCGAUUCAGCCAAGGAGUCCCACAGUUUACAGUAGUUGUCACCUCAGCUACAUUGGAGGAUGAUUUUAAGGAAGCUGAAGAAGAACUAAAAGAAAUGGGAGUAAAUGUUGUAACCGUUGACAUUUUAGGUUCAGACAUGAAACAAAUGGGGGCAGCUGAAAUUCCUGGCAUUGGUGUUCAAACCAGUGAAGUGGAGAUCGAUCUGUUCCAGAAAAACAUAGUAGACAUUUUGGAAGUACCAGUUCAGCAACAGUAUUACGAUGCCAUAGAGGCACAAGUGCCAGCAGCUUGCUCCAGUGCCUCUGUGGCAGACAUCGUGUUUCUUGUGGAUGAAUCCAGUCGGAUUGGUCAAGGGAAUUUUCAUCUGAUCAGGGUUUUUUUGCUCACGGUUAUCAGUGCUCUGGAUAUUGCACCAGAUAAUGUUCGAGUUGCUUUAGUCCUCUACAGUGACAAACCAAGAUUAGAGUUCAGCCUGGAUACAUUUGAAGAUAAAUCAGAGAUUCUGAACUAUGUGAAAAGACUGCCAUAUCGUGGGGGCCAAGCAUACAUGGGUGCAGCACUAGAUUUCCUAAGCAAAAAGGUGUUUACCAAAGCAGCAGGGAGCAGGAAGAAUCAAGGGGUGCAGCAGCUGGCAGUAGUAAUAACGGAUGGCCAGUCACAAGAUAAUUUCACUGAAAUUGCAUCCAACCUUCGACGUAGUGGUGUUACAGUGUAUGCUUUGGGCAUCCAAAAUAUCUCAGACAACAGUCAGCUACACAAAAUUGCAUCUUAUCCACCCAGAAAACAUGUCACCAACUUGGGAUCUUUUUUGCAGCUAUCAAACUUAAAGUGGAGGAUCAAGAAAAGGCUUUGUAAUGAGAUAGUUACUCAGGCAUUUGCCACUCCAGUGCAAUUCCGCAUCCUGAAGGAAGGCUGUAAGGAAACUGAGCAAGCAGACAUUUAUUUCUUGAUUGAUGGGUCAGGCAGCAUCUACCCAAAUCCCUUUAAUGACAUGAAAGUCUUCAUGAAUGAACUGAUCAGCAUGUUCCAGGUUGGCACCAACAGAGUUCGUUUUGGGGUGGUUCAGUAUGGGAGUAAUCCCCAAACCGAGUUCAUGAUUAACCAGUACAACACAGUGCUGCAGUUAAAGGAGGCCAUCAAGGUGAUCCGGCAGAUUGGUGGUGGCACCAGAACUGGGGAUGCUUUAAAAUACAUGCUGAGCCUUUUUAAAAGGGCGACCAGGGAAAAUGUUCCCCAGUUCCUCAUCAUCAUUACAGAUGGACAAUCCGAAGACAAGGUGAUCCAAGCAGCAGAGGAACUGCGAAAGGAAAAUAUUGUUAUAUAUGCCAUUGGUGUCAAGGAUGCUAACAAAACAGAAUUGGAAGAUAUAGCAGGGACUAAAGACAGGGUGUUUUUUGUGAAUGAGUUUGAUUCCCUGAAGACCAUCAAACAUGAGAUUGUGCAGGAGAUCUGCUCCCCUGAGGCCUGUAAAAACUUGAAAGCUGACAUUAUUUUGCUAAUCGAUACUUCGGAAAGUAUGAAUCGAGUUCAGUUUAACCAGACACUGGGAUUCAUUCAUUCGAUCGUCAAUAUGUCUGAUGUUGGGGUUGAUAAGGUACAGAUAGGCCUGCUCCAGUUCAGCUCGAAUCCAAAAGAAGAGUUUCCACUCAAGAGACACAACAACAAGGCUGACCUGAGGAAAGCUAUAUCUGAAAUGAAGCAGCUUAAAGAAGGAACGAAGACUGGGAAAGCGCUAGACUUUGCCUCUCCUUACUUUGAUGAAUCCAAAGGAGGGCGCUCAGGAGUAAACCAGUAUUUGAUAGUGGUCACAGAUGGUGAAUCUGAUGAUGAAGUGGAAAGACCUGCCAAAUCUCUUAGGAACAAAGGAGUUGUAAUAUUUGCCAUUGGAAUAUCAAAAGCAAACACAUCCCAGCUGAGGGAGAUUGCUGGUAGUCAGGAUAAAGUGUAUUCUGAGGAUGAUUUUGUUUCCCUCAUGCCUUUGGACAAGAAAAUAUUCUUUAGAAUUUGCAACCCUGAGGAAGUGUGCAAACGAACUGAACUUGCUGAUAUCAUCUUCGUAGUGCAUGGAUCAAGAGACAUUACAGAACUGCAGUUCAAGAGUAUACAGUGGCUCAUGGAAGCUAUUGUAAAUAACUCAUUGGUGGGACAAGAAAAUGUUCAGUUUGGCGCAGUUGUCUAUAGCAAUACUCCCAAAGAGGAGUUCCCACUGAAUAGGUAUUCUACGAAGUUGCAAGUCAGGGAAGCCAUCUCUAAGCUGACACCUUUAAGAGGGCCCACCUUCACAGCAAGGGCUUUGAAUUUUGCAAGGAAAAGGUUUGGGGAAGCUCACAGUGGUCGAACAUCACUUCCUGGUGUCACACGGAUGAUUGUGCUCAUCACUGAUGAACCAACUACAGCAGCAGAUAGACCCCAUCUUCCAGCAGCAGUACAGGCAUUGAAUCAGGAAGGUAUCCAUAUCAUUGCCAUUGGGAUGCAUGAUGCCAGUAGAACAGAACUUGAAGAAAUUGGUGGUGACAAAAGAAGUUCGUUUUUUGCUCCAAGCUACAAUCAGCUGGAAGGAUUACACAAAACUGUUACUCAAGUUAUAUGUGAUGGAUCAAAGCCAGUUUGUGGAACUCAAAUGGCAGACCUUGUGUUUCUGAUUGAUGGCUCAGGAAGCAUAUCAGAUCAUGACUUUGCCACUAUGAAGACAUUCAUGAAGGAAAUUGUAGACAGCUUCAUCAUUGCUCAGGACAAAGUCCGGAUUGGGGUGGCCCAGUUUGGCAAAAAUCCCAAGGAAGAAUUUUAUCUCAACACAUUCUAUACUGAUGUGGCCAUAAAGGGAAAGAUUGACACCAUUUCCCAGUUAAAAGGUUCGACCUUCACUGGCAAUGCAUUGAGGUUUGUCAGGAGAUUUUUUGAGCCUGCCAAUGGGGGCCGUAAGAACAAAGAUGUACUCCAGGCUCUAAUUGUCAUCACCGAUGGGAAGUCCAAUGAUUCUGUGACUGAGGCAGCCAUUGCUCUAAGAAGAGAUGGGAUCCAAGUGUUUGCGAUAGGAAUAGCAACUCCAAACAACUUUGAGCUCCUUCAGAUUGCUGGUGAUGCCAAAAGAGUAUAUGUGGUGGAAACCUUUAACAUGUUGGAAAUUAUUGAAAGGAAGCUUGUCACUGAGAUCUGUGAUUCUGGAGAUCGCCCUAGACAGGAUUGCAACAUAGAUAUUUCUGUAGGAGUUGAUAUUUCUGGGCGUACGAGGCCUCCAUCUGCACUGCGUUUGAGGCAGCAAAUGCAAACAUAUUUGCCCUGGCUCAUGCAGCAGCAGGGUUCCAUGCUCAAUAUAAGUUGCACUGCUGAAUCUCCCGUUAACAUCAGGUUCAGGUACCAAGUAUUUGAUAACAGCGGCCAGGCCUUGUUUGACUCUGACUUUGAAAAAUAUAAUGAUGAGAUCAUUCAGAAAUUCUUGGCUGUGCAAACCACAGUGGACACUUACUUGGACAAAGAUUUCCUGCAGUCCUUUUGGGACAGAUCCCUCAGUCUGACCUCCGCCAAAGUGAAGGUUCUCUUAGCAUUUACUGAUGGGCCAGAUGAGAGCAUAGAAAUGCUGAAAACAACUGUGGACUCUCUUCGUAGGAAAGGGCUCAGUGCAUUUUUAAUUAUUGGCCUAGAAAACUUUCAGGAAUUUCAUGAACUGCAGGAAAUUGAGUUUGGUCGAGGAUUUGAAUAUCACGAACCUUUGCACAUUGGAAACCCAGCACUCCCGGGCAUGUUGUGGAGAACCUUUGACACAAUUGCAGAACGAGAAUGCUGUCGUGUUUGUUGCAAAUGUCUUGGGCAAGCUGGAAUUCAGGGUAUUCCUGGACCUGGUGGAAGGGAGGGAAAUACAGGCUUUAAAGGAUAUCCAGGCCACCCCGGUGACGAAGGAGUUGUUGGAGAUCGGGGGCCAACUGGUAUGGAUGGGAAACAAGGAGAAGCAGGGUGCCCUGGCUCAAGGGGUUCAAAGGGAGCAAGAGGAUAUCGAGGAAGCAAGGGUGAAGAUGGAGAUUUUGGGAUUGACGGCAUUGAUGGAGAGGAGGGAGAAAAAGGAUCUCCUGGAUCAUCUGGACAAAAGGGCACCCCAGGACGAAGGGGUAGAGAAGGCCCCAUAGGAGAGCCUGGUGAGCGUGGCGAGUCUGGUAUACGAGGAGACAAUGGGAUUCCUGGAAUUGACAAUGAAGUCUUUGGUCCUCCGGGUACAAGAGGGAAAACAGGGCGGCAGGGGGAAAUUGGAGCUGAUGGUGUACAAGGAGAAAGUGGAGCAAAGGGUCUAAAUGGUCGUGUUGGCCGCAGAGGUCCUCCUGGUUUAAAGGGUGUACGAGGAAACGAAGGGGAAGCGGGUCAUCCUGCAGAAAGUGGGCCACGAGGUUAUCCGGGCACAAAGGGCCAACAAGGAAUACCUGGACCUAUCGGGCCGCACGGCUUACCGGGCCUUCAAGGUAGUCCAGGAAUCAAAGGUGAAUCUGGCUCUGCAGGAAAAGUAGGACAUAUGGGUCGAAAGGGUGAACAUGGUGAUCCUGGAGAAAAAGGCAUACAGGGCCUGCCUGGACUGAGAGGCUUGCCGGGCUUUGAUGGUGAAUAUGGCUAUGGUCUACCAGGAAGGAAAGGUGCAAAGGGACAGCAUGGAUUUCCUGGAAACCCUGGACCACAGGGAGAAGAUGGUGACCAAGGCAUUCCAGGAGACAGAGGCGCCAAAGGAAGUCGAGGGCAAAGGGCCAACGCUGGAAUGCCAGGGGCAAUGGGUGAUCGAGGAGACCGAGGACCUCCUGGAAGAAUGGGUCAGAAGGGAGAAAAAAGCAUAAUAGCUAUGACUCCUUGUGAACUAGUUAAUCUUACAAGAGGAAACUGCCCUUGCUGUAUAGGUGUAAGCCAAUGUCCAGUAUAUCCAACAGAAGUGGUGUUCGCCCUUGAUAUGUCUGCAGAUGUAACCCAAGUUUCAUUUCAACGGAUGAAAAGGAUUAUGAUGUCUUUGUUGAGGGGUAUACAGAUUAGCAAAAGCAACUGUCCAACUGGUGCUCGGGUGUCAGUUCUUUCCUACAACACUAACACAAAGUACCUUAUCCGGUUCUCUGACUUCAAGAAGGAAAACCUCCUUAUGGAGGCAAUCCAGAGAAUUCCACUGGAGAAAUCUUUGGGAAGACGGAAUAUUGGAGAGGUCAUGAGGUUCGUUGCCAGGAAUGUCUUUAAGCACUAUCGUCAUGGUGCUCUCAUGAGGAAAGUUGCAAUAUUUCUCACGGCUGGCCCAUCAGAGGAUGCAACUUCCAUCAAUACAGCUGUGUUGGAAUUCAACGCGCUGGACAUCACACCUGUGGUCAUUGCUUUGAGAGAAGUGCCUAAUGUAAGGCAGGCCUUUUUGACAGAUGAUACUGCUCAGUUAUUUGUUUGGGAAUCUAAUGAUGAUGAAAACUUGGAUAGCAUCUCACACUGUGCACUCUGUUUUGAUAAGUGUAACCCAGCUCCAGAAUGUGAGAUGAUUGUUCCCUUUCCCAUUCCAAUAAGCAUGGACAUAACUUACAUCAUUGACAGCUCGCGGAAUGUUGGAAGUGAGGAGUUUGAAACGAUGAAGGAAUUUGUAAGCAACAUGUUGGAUUAUUUUGUCAUCGAUUCUAUGCCUCUGGAGCCAGGUAUACGGGCACGAGUGGCAUUGGUGCAACAGGCCCCCCAACAUUUCACAGUCGACAGGAACUCAAGCCCAGUAAAUGAAGAGUUUGAAUUGGUUACCUACACCAGUAAAGAACAGAUGAAAAUGCACAUCCAUGAAAAAGUUGAUCAGCUGGAGGGUCCAUCAGCCAUAGGGCAUGCCCUUGAGUGGACAAUUAAAAAUAUAUUUUUGGACGCCCCCAGUCCAAGAAAACACAGGGUCAUAUUUACUCUACUUGGGAGCCAGACGAGUUCCUGGGACCGGGAAAAACUUAGAAAAAUGACACUAGAAGCCAAAUGCCAAGGAUUUACCCUGUUCACCUUAGCUCUGGGCAGAGGAGUGGAUGAUGCAGAAAUAAGAGAACUCUCCAGUGUCCCUGUGGAGCAGCAUCUACUGCAGCUGGGUAGAGUGGAUAAGCCUGGAUUGCCUUAUGCUCUGAAAUUUAGCCGAGCCUUCUUAAAUCUUUUGAAAUGGGAAAUAAAUCCUUACCCACCUCAAGGCCUGCAGGAAGAAUGUGAAGGGCUGGAUCGAGGAGACAAUUAUUAUCAGCUCAUCGGAAGAAAUGAAUGGAUUCCUUUCCCUGAAUUGGAUAACCAUGAUACUUUUCAGCUAUCAGAUUUACCCAGAAAAAGCAGGCAAGGAGGAAUUAUGGAAGCAAACCAAGAGCCUGAAGAAUAUAAGCAUGUAGAGAAUGAGUAUUUCACAGGUGUCAAUGUUCGGGGUCCUAAGGGAACAAGGAAUGAAGAACAUUUUCAGCAAGUACCAAGAAUGACAGAUGCUUGCACUGUGGAUAUGGACCGUGGCAACUGUGAGAAUUACACUCUGAAGUGGUAUUUUGACAAAAGGCAGGACAUGUGCUUCCAGUUCUGGUAUGGUGGCUGUGAUGGGAACCAAAAUCAAUUUGAAUCUCAAGAAGAAUGUGAAGCUUUAUGCAUAUGGUCAUCCUAGUAUGGAGACUGUCCAUCAUAAACUGGAUCCCUAGCCCUCAUCUUGUAUUUAAAUGAAAACUAGCAUUAGUCACAUCUGGGGGCAUUUUGCACCCCAGGCAAAAGUGUCUCAUGUAAGGAAAAUGUUACUUAUGAAGGGCUUUUGUUCUGGCUGUUUCCCGUAGAAAGUUUCAGUCAACAUAAGAAUGGUUUUCAGCUUCUGGCAAGUACAGGUGAUUUUAAAUUAAAUAUUUCCUGAGGCUAUGCAUAAUAAUAAAAUCUGUAAAACAAUGCUUGACCAUUUGGACUUUGCUCUGCAUAACAAUAGUUUGACCCACAUGUAUUGAGCAUUAAAAAGUUUUCUAUCAAUGA